AUCUCUUCUUUCUCAAAAACUCUCCUUUCAAAAAUCUCACAAUCCCUUUUCCUCUGAAGCAUAGUGUAUUUUUGUGUGUGAUUUCGUCUAACCCGAGUGCGUGUAGUUUCUGUUUCCUUGAAGCACCUCAAGGAAGAGAUUUUUAAAGCUUUUCUCAAACACAGAGGGGUGGGGUGGUGUUAAGGGGUGGAGAAAUUAGUAUAAGAAAAACACAGCAGAGAAAGAAAGAAACUUUGGCCACAGCUAAGAGUUUUUUCCGAGGGGGUGGUGUGGGGGGUGGGUGUUUGGCCAAGUGAUGCGCUCAGGAGCCUGUACAGUGCAGCAGACCCUCACCACAGAGGCUGCUUCAGUAUUGAAGCACUCUCUUAGCUUGGCGAGGAGGAGAGGCCAUGCUCAGGUCACUCCUCUGCAUGUAGCUGCCACGCUGCUUGCCUCAAGGGCUAGUCUUCUGAGAAGAGCUUGUCUUAAGUCUCAGCCUCACCACUCUUCUCAUCCUCUUCAAUGCAGAGCUCUUGAGCUCUGCUUCAAUGUGGCUCUCAACAGACUCCCAACCACCACUGGUCCUCCACUUCACGGCCAACCUUCUCUAUCAAACGCCCUGAUCGCAGCACUCAAGAGAGCUCAGGCUCACCAGAGAAGGGGUUGCAUCGAGCAGCAGCAACAACAGCCACUUCUCACCAUCAAGGUAGAGUUAGAGCAGCUUAUCAUAUCCAUCCUAGAUGACCCUAGUGUUAGUAGGGUUAUGAGAGAAGCAGGAUUCUCUAGCACGGCUGUCAAGAGCAACAUUGAGGACUCCUCUUCUUCCUCCGUUUUUCAGUGCUACAGCACCACUGGUGGGGUGUUUUCUUCCCCCUGCUCUCCCUCUCGUGCUGAGACUCGGAACAAUUUCUGGCCGACCCCUCUCUUGGGUUACUCUUCUGAGCAAAACCCACUUUUCUUUUCACCUCAAAAGAAAGUGCCUAUCGCAGAUUCGGCUUCUGUGAAGGAAGAUAUUAAGUUGGUUUUUGAGGUGUUUUUGGGGAAGAAGAGGAAGAACACUGUGAUAGUUGGUGACAGUUUGUCCACCACAGAAGGGCUUGUUGCAGAGCUGAUGGGGAGAGUAGAGAGAGGAGAUGUUCCUGAAGGAAUGAAGCACACUCAGUUUAUCAAGUUUCAUUUUGCACCAGUAGCUUUAAGGUUCAUGAAAAAGGAAGAUGUUGAAAUGCAUGUCAUGGAGCUGAAAAGGAAAGUGGAUUCUGCUGCAUUAGGUGGAGGAGGUGCCAUGAUCUACACAGGAGACUUGAGAUGGACGGUUGAAGAGAGUCUCAGCCCUGGUUAUAACCCAGUUGAUCAUCUGGUUUCAGAAAUAGGAAGGCUAGUUUCUGAAUAUAACAGCUCAAGCACAAAUGUUUGGUUAGUAGCAACUGCAAGUUACCAGACAUACAUGAGAUGUCAAAUGAGGCAGCCUCCUCUUGAGAUCCAAUGGGCACUUCAAGCUGUUUCUGUUCCCUCAGGUGGACUUGGCUUGAGCCUCCACGCUUCCAGUGUGCAUGAUUCAAGGAUAACCUUCUCUCCAAACCCAUCUCAAGUGCCAGAGACAAAAUCAUUUGCUAACAAGGAAGAGAAUGACAAGCUCUCUUGCUGUGCAGAAUGCACUUCAAAUUAUGAGAAAGAAGCAGAGAUGUUUAAGUCCAACCAGCAAAAGCUCUUGCCUCCAUGGCUGCAGUCACAUGGCCACCAAGAGGAGGAACUGCUUGAGCUUAAGAGAAAGUGGAGCAGAUUGUGCCAUAGUUCACACCCAAUGGGUAAUUUCGCUUUUUGCAGCAACAGAAGCAGCUGGGGCAAUUCCAGCAAUGCAUGGUGGCCUGGUCAGAGUCAGAGUAGCAUCUUCCCUGAUCCAGUACCUUCAAUCUCCUUCUCCAAGCCUCACCAUGGCUCCAAUCUUGUUGCUAAAUUCCGAAGACAGAACUCAUGUACCAUUGAGUUCAAUUUAGGUAAAGGAACUGAACCCAGUUUAGGUUCACUCAAGAACGGUGGGGAUAGGGAAGUAAAGAUUGAUCUCGCUCUCGGAAAUUCUCGCUUCUCAGUAAGAAAUGAACUGCUGAAAUUGCUAGAAGAGAAUGUUCCUUGGCAACAUGACAGCAUUCCAUCAAUAGUAGAAGCCUUGAUGGAUGAAUCCACAAAGAAUGGGACUUGGUUACUGAUUCAAGGGAAUGACACAACAGGAAAAAGAAGAGUUGCUCAUGCCAUUGCGGAAUCUAUUUGCGGUUCCACCGAUUCCCUCUUGCUCCUCAACAUGGAAAAUGGUGAUCAGGCAAUCCCAACAUUGAGGAACAAGGAAAGGCAAGUUGUUCUGGUGGAAAAUGUUGAUUUAGCCAACACCCGUUCGAUAAAAUGCCUAGUUGAAGAAUUUGAAGAACCAAGGAGAGAAAGCAUUGUUCACCAACCCAUUUUCAUUUUAACCAAGUCUGAUCCAGAAGGGGAAAAGAAGGAGCACGACACCGUGAUCCAGAUGACACUGAAAAUCAAUGGAAAAUAUCCAAACUCCGAUAACAAGCGGAAGGCAGGGUGGGAAAUCUCAACUAAUACCAAGACUCCACGAGCCAUGAAAGACCUGUCCCUUGAUCUGAACAUGAAAGCCGAGGAAGAUUUUGAAGAAAUCCAAAUUUCAAGGUUCCUUGAUUCCAUACCAAACCGCUACAUAUUCAACCGAAAUCCAACUCAAGAUCGUGAGAUGAAAGAGGAAUUUAUGGCAAAGAUGAGGAGAUCAAUGGAGGAAACGAUCGGCAUCGAAACCGAGAUCAAAUUUAGUGUAGAAGAGAGGGCUUUAGAGGAAAUUUUAUUGGGGUGUGGUUCUUUUGUAAACAGCCUGUUUGAGAAAUGGCUGAAAGACGUUUUUCAAACGAGCUUGGAAACGGUUAAAAAGGGCGGGAAAGAGGGUAUAGUUGAAAUUAAGUUGUGUUAUGGGGGUAGAGGUGAAAAGGCCAUGGAAGAUGGAUUUAUGGGAUCAUGCCUUCCCAACAAAAUCCAACUUUCUUUCAUGGACUGAGUACAGUACGGACAAAAUUUCCCUUGUGUUUUCUUUCCUUUUUUUUUUUUUUCUUUAUCUUCAUUUGUUUCUUAUCAUCUCUAGCUUCUUUCUUCUUAUUUUCUUUACUUCCUUCGUAAGAUUGUUUA